AAACACAAUCUGCCAAUGUCCUCGUGGCUCCAGGGAAGGCUGUUUUCGCGGACGCGCGACCGCAGCAGCAGCAGCAGCAGCAGCGACACCAGCAUCAGCCCCGAAACACCGCAGCAGCGCGACACCAGCAUCGGCCCCGAAACACCGCAGCAGCAGCAGCAGCAACAAGCAGCAUUGGUAUCCGCGUCACCCUCACCAUUGGCCCCGUCCACCGACUCCUUUGACAGGCCCCGCCUCACAACAGAAGGCGAGGCCCCAGCUGACUUCUCAGACACAACCGACGCCGACGCAGUAUUCGCAAAGUUCAGCGUUCCAGAAGUGCGGCAGCACCUGGCGCGGAUCCAGCGGCAGAGCUCGCAGCUGCAGGAGCAGAUGCGCACGGUGGCGGCCACGCACUACCCGGAGCUCAUCCAGGCGGCGGAUGUGGUGGUAAGGAUGGACGCGCAGUCGGCGGCGCUGAGCAUGCGGCUGGCGCAGCUGCGCGGGCAGCUCGGAAUGGCGCAGGCGCAGGCGCAGGCGCGCGCCGAGGGCAGCCCGGCGCCCGAGCCGGCGGCGUUUGCCGUGGCUGCGCAGGUCAAGGUGCUGGGCGACACAGGGGACCUCGUGCGCCAGGCGCUGGAGGCGCAGCGCUUCGUCCCGGCGGCGCUGGUGUGCCUCGCCGCGCGGCAGAUCUACGCCGACCUGUCGGCGCAGGCCGCCGUCGUGCGCGCAUUCCCCGUGGUCGAGCGCAUGUGGGCG